AUGAACGCAUCUGGUCAAAAUAAGCAUACAACUACGUCCAAGAACAGUUCUAUCGCAGCCAAUAAAUGUGGUCUUCAAAAAUCGAAAAUUAAUAUUGCACAUUUAAAUAUUUGCUCUCUAAAAAAGAGGGAACAUUUAAUUCAGAUAAGACUUUUGAUGCAGGAAAAUAAGUUUGAUGUACUUGCCGUGUCGGAAUCUUGGCUUACGUCCAGUGUGAGAAAUGAAGAGGUUAAAAUUUUCGGAUACAGUCUGUCUAGAUUAGACCGGCGAGGGAGAUCCGGUGGGGGGGUGUGUGCCUAUAUCAAGAGCUCGUUGAAAAAAAAGGUGCUUAGGGAUUUAACAGAAAUUUCAGAAUCUCGUUUUCAUCAGUUAUGGUUACAAAUUCAGCAUAAAAAAUUGAAAUCUUUUCUAUUAUGCGUUUGUUACCGACCUCCAGAUAGUCCUGUAUCUUGUUUUACCAAUAAUUUUAUGGAUAAUUAUAUCAAAGCACUCACUUUUGGUAAAGAUAUCAUAAUUGCUGGAGACUUAAAUUGCGACUUGUUAAAGACAGCUCAAGAGGCAAAGGCUUUGAAUGAUUUUUGUCACUGUUUAAAUUUGACACAGUUAAUUGAUAAACCGACGAGGGUCACGUCACGUUCGUCAACGCUUAUUGAUGUCAUGAUGACUUCAAAUAAAGAUUUGAUUGCAGAAAUUGGAGUGCUUGAAACCUAUAUUAGUGAUCAUUUUCUGGUUUACUGUUCACUCAAACUAAAGUUGAUAAAACCGCAUCCAAUUUGCAUCACUGCAAGGAGUUAUAAGCAUUACGACCGAAACCAAUUCCUCUGUGAUUUGGCAUGCAUUCCGUGGCAUGAGAAUUUAUUUGUUGAAAAUGUAAAUGAUAAACUGUCGCAUUUUGAUAGUAAUUUUCAAAAUGCAUUGGCUAGGAAUGCACCAAUUAAGACAAUGAAAAUAAGACAUCGACAAGUACCAUUUGUUGACAAUGAGAUCAAAGAACUGAUGAAAAAUAGAAAAAGAUUACACAAAUUUGCUCGUCUAACCCGAAUGCCAUCUGAUUGGGAGAAAUAUCGUGCGCUUCGAGAUAAAGUUAAAUGUAAGCUACGCCAAGCAGAAAAAGAUUAUGUACACAAUGAAAUAUAUAAUAACCCAAAUAUAGCAUCGAUGUGGAAAGUCAUCAGGAACUGCGUUCCACGUAAAGAGACCACGAAACCAAGUUAUUCCGGAGAUGUUAAGAAAUUAGCUAAUGAAUUCAAUACCUUUUUUACCUCAGUGGGGAUAAAUACAUCAGCAACUGCAUUGGCAUUGCUUACUGAACAUGGACUACCCAUACUGAAUCCACCAACAUCUACCGAAAUACCUGAGAUCGAUCAGUUUUAUUUCCAUUCAGUAUCGUGUAGUGAAAUAAGUAGAGUUGUUAUGUCCUUUUCAUCAAAUAAGGCACCAGGAUUUGACAAAGUAUCAAUGGCUGUGAUCAAGGACGCCUUACCGUACAUCCUUCCUACACUUACGCAAAUUGUUAAUUGUUCCCUGGAAACAGGUGUUUUCCCAACAGCCUGGAAGAAAGCAGAGGUUAUCCCACUUCUGAAGGAAGGGGAUUAUGAAAUUCCGAAUAAUAAUCGGCCCGUGUCGUUGUUAGUGGCUGCAUCUAAGAUCUGUGAACGCGUGGUAUUGAAACAGCUAACAGAGUAUAUGACAAAGAAGAAAAAAUUUACUAAACAUCAAAGUGGAAAUAGGAAGUUACAUUCAACCGAAACAUUAAACAUAUUCAUCUCAGAUUUAAUUCUCCAGUCCAUGGAUCGUAGAGAAGUGACUGCUUUACUCUUACUGGACUUGUCUAAAGCUUUUGAUAGCUUAGAUCAUUUCAUUCUGCUAAGAAAACUUUCGAAUAUUGGAAUCUCGAAGCCUGCGUUGUUUUGGUUUAAAAGCUAUUUGACAGGCAGGUGCCAAUCAGUACGUAUUGCGUCAGUGUUAUCUGAUGAAUGUGAAAUAACUCGCGGUGUUCCGCAGGGAUCGAUACUAGGUCCGGUGUUAUUUAAUAUAUAUAUAUCAACGACUUGCCUGGUGUACCAAAGGAGUCCAAUUUGGAGUCGUACGUGGAUGACUCAAAAAUAUAUUUAG